AUGGAAUCUACCCCACCCUACAUGUCGACAGUACCCUCCCCAUCAGCCGACCUCGAUCCUUAUGAUGCCAUGAUAUUGGAGUAUAUCGACGAAGAGCACAUCAUUGCUCUCGAUCUCCUACCACACCUAUUCCCAAGGACGAGUGCCCAGCCCACCGUCCAGCAAGACUCGUCCAGCAACCCACCCGUAAGCUCCUGGAGCACAGAAUUAAUUACGACAAGCAAUGUCAAUGCCCAGACCGCCAAUGUGGCUAUAACAGACGGCUUGAACGCCGCUACGACGUCGGCAUACCCGUUUGCCGUUCCCGACAAUGAGGGGCAGAGCAUCGUGGCCACCAUGAAUGCUCCCGUUGGUGGCAAUACCAUCAACGACGCCGCUGUACACGCGACGACGCCUCUCGCGAUACUGGACCACUUCGAGGAGUGGAGGGCUUACAUGAACAGCCUUGGACAAUCCCGUGCUGCCUCGUCAGACAGUGGCACAUGGAUCAACAUAGAUGCGAGCGACAUCGAUCUUGUCACACCUCUGAUGGCGGCCGGGUUGGAGGAAAGUGGUUGA